AUGAUAGGUGUGAGCUGCUUCAUCUGGACAUCUGUGGGCCCAUGGAAAACGAUUCGCUCGGUGUCCGAGAGUGAAGACUACGUCCGGAAGUACAUCACUGUGGUUCAGACGCAGUUCAGUAAGAAGGUCAAGUUUGUGCGACACGACGGAGCUUGCGAGCUCGCAACCAACUCGCUUCAAAUGUUCUACAAAGAUGAAGGCAUUAAACAGCAAACAACGGUGACAUGUGCGCAUCAAACCAACGGAACAGCAGAGUGUGCCAUUUGGACUAUCCUUACGAUCGGCCGCAGCAUGCUUCAUCAUGCCCAACUAGACAAUUGUUUCUGGGCUGAAGCAGCGAUGACGGCCAUCUACGUCAAGAAUCGACUGCCUUCACCUAAAGUCGUGCACAAGACCCCGUUUGAAAUCGUCUACAACUCGAAACCAAGCGUCAAGCACAUGCGAACAUUCGGGUGUCAGACAUACAUACUGACGCCUAAAGAGAAUCGACUCAAGUGGGAUCCAAAGGCUCACACUGGCAUAUUCGUGGGCUACGAAGAAGUUUCGAAGGCAUAUCGUGUUUAUGACAUCGAGGCGGGACAGGUGGUUAUAAGUCGCGAUGUCAACUUCGACGAGUCCACCUUUGGACUUCCGUCGCCGAUCACUGAUGAAGAUGCCGAUGACCUGGACUUCGAGUUGCUUGACCUCAAUGAUGAAGAGCCGCGUCAGGUGGAGUACAAGCAAACAGGCAAGCGCAAAAAUCGCCUCAGUGAUGAAGAUACAGCAGCUCCACCGCCACGUGCAGUGCGUCAACGACCUGGACUAGAAGAGUCAACCGCGCCGGAAAACAACUUGUCACGCCAAGAAGAAGACGAAGAAACGAAGGAUUCUGGUGAUUCAACACCGCCUGUGUUUUGGCUUGCGACCGUAAGCGGCCCUGACCAGGUGCACUGGAGAAAAGCAAUUCAUGCGGAACUCGAGUCGGUGCGACUUCGCGGUGUGUUUCGUGCAGCCAAGCUGCCCAACAGACAACGCGCCAUUGGCACAAAAUGGGUGUUCAAGAUCAAGCGCAAGGCGGAUGGGUCAAUCGAGAAGUACAAGGCACGACUUGUGGCCAAGGGUUUCCGCCAAAAGUAUGGCAUCGACUACACGGAGACAUUUUCGCCUGUGGUUAAGUAUGUGACGCUGCGAAUGGUGAUCGCAAUUUCCAAGCCCUUUGGACGGCCCAUCGACCAGCUUGAUGUGAUGACGGCUUUCCUGUAUGGCGUCAUGAAGGAACAAGCGUUCUUCGUGAUUCCUGGAGGUGUUGAACUUGUUAGUACGAUCGAUUGCCUGGAAUUGAUUAAGUCAAUUGUGGCCUCAAGCAAUCGUCGCGAGUGGAACGAGACGUUCGACGAGUAUGUGUGCUCCAUUGGAUUUCAAGUAUCGGACUUCUACCCAUGUCUCGAGAUCAAGACUUCGGACGGCCAUUGCGUGUUUAUACUGGUCUACGUGGACGACGUCUUGGUGACUGGAAGCUCGCUCGAGCUGAUUGCACAAACCAAGAACGACCUGAAGACGCGGUUCGAGAUGACGGACAGCGGCAAAUGUGCAUUUGUUCUUGGGAUCGAGCUUUUGGACGGUGAAGAUGGCAGUGUGACACUAUGUCAGCGCCGGUAUGUCGAUGAUAUCCUCAAGCGCUUUGGCAUGGAGGAGUCCAAGGCUGUGGCGAGUCCUGUGGAUGUCAGCUCUCGACUGAUGUCAAGCAACACUGCGAGCAAGAUCGAUGUUUAA